CAGGAAACGCAGCCGCUCAGUGGAACCCGCAACACUUCAGAAUGAAACCUCAAUUAAACUGUUAAUAAAACUCAUAUAAAACUAUUAAUUAAGCUUAACCGACAUGGAGGAACAGACCGCUGCCGGAGAGAAGCUCAGCGUGCCCACGGACUUCACCGCACCACCUCUCCCCGGGAACAUUCAGAAGGACCUGAUGCCGCCGUCCCACUUCACCUCCGCCGUCCAGACGUCCUCGUCCGUCCGCGGGGUCCAGACCUCCGCGUCUGUCCGCGGGGUCCACAACCAGCCGGCCGCGGAGUCUUGGAGCUCCGCCGCCGGUCCCGGGGUCUCAAAUCCGGCCGCGGCGUGGCUCGCCGUGUCCCGGGCCCAAGGGGAAGUUCUGGAACUCCGGAAGGAGAACCAAAGGCUGAUGAUGCUACAGGGAGACUCUUUGAGAGGAAGGAGCCGGUCUACAGACUCCAAUGGAAGGUUUGUGGAGGGCGGAGGUGGUGGAGGUGGGGGAGGUGAGGGGUGGAUGAGGCUGGAGGCGGAGUGGCGUGUGCGGGUGGAGACGCAGCGGGUGGAGGCGGAGAGGCUCCGGGGUCAGCUGGAGGCCCUGAAGGAGAGCGAGGAGAGACAGCGGGGCGAGCUACGAGACAAGGACAGCACCCUCCACAGACAGGGUGCUGAGCUGCAGACCCUACGCUGUGACCUGGGUCAGACCCGGUCCAGGCUGGACCAGGUCAGUCUGGAGCUCCAGCAGAGCCUCCAGGAGAACCAGAAGAUAUCCUCACAGCUGGUAACCAUGGAGAAGGAGUCAGAGGAGGAGAUCAGGAGGCUGAGGAAGGAGGAGGCGUGGAGCCGAGAGGAGGCGCACACGCUCCUCCGGGGGGCUGAGAGGAGCAGGGAGGAGGAGGAGGGGGAGGCGAAGAGGAGGAACAUCGACCUGACCACCCAGAUGGAGAAUCUACAGAAAACCCACCAGACAGAGCGGCAGAGGCUGACCGCGUCCCACGCCACAGAGACGGAGGCUGCGGCGGUCGCUAGGGACCAGCUCCAGAGCAGCCUGGACGCCAUGGCAACCCAGAUGCUGCAACUACAGAGCCAUCUCGGGACGGCGUCGGCCGAGAGAGACGCGCUCAGAGACCAGCUCAGCCAAGCGAGACAAGAGCUGGAGGGCCAGGCGGCCACGCUGCAGAACCUCAGAGGAUACAUCGGGGAGAUGUCCCCCGAGAGGGGGGAGGAGGAGAGGCUGGAGGAGACCGUACAGAAGCUCAGCAGGGAGAAGGAAGCCCUGGAGAAGACCGCAGAUCUCCUCAGCGUCAGAUUGAAGUGUGUCAACGAGAUCCUCACCCUGCAGGAGCAGAAAGUCCUCCACAAGACCCUGUCGGACCCCCAGCCGCCCGGCGGCGGCGGUGACGGCGAGGCGAUCCGGCUGCUGCGGCUCUGGAGGGAGAAGGUGUACUCGCUGUGUGUCCGUCUGCGGACCCAGGAGCUGGAGCAGAAGAGGGAGAGGGAGCGGGCUCGCUCAGGGGAGAAGGCCCUGCAGGAGGAGGUGCAGCAGGAGCAGCUCCGGGGCACGCUCCUGCAGCACAGUCUGGACGACCGGCUGGCCCAGCUCCGCCUGGAGGAGGUGGCCGCGCAGAGCCUGAAGGAGGAGCUGGCCUCGCUGGGCCGGGAGAACGCGGAGCUGAGGGCCUGGAAGCACCGGGCCGGCGCCGACCUGGGGGCGGCGAAGGAGGCGCUCCUGAGGUUCGGCGCGGCGUUCGCAGCCCGCGUCGCCGACGUCAACCAGUCCCAGGACCAGCUCAACGCCUUCUCCCAGAGGCUGACCUUCGCCAAGAGGAGGGUCCAGACCAUCCAGGGGUUGCUGGGGCGGAGAGCGGCGCUCCAGAAGCUCCAGCUCAGCUCCAGAGAGGCAGCCCAGGCGGACGACCGUGUGAGUCGUCUCCAGGCAGAGCUGCAUCUGCUGGGCGAGGAGAGAGAGGAACUCAGCCAGGAGCUGAGGAGAACCCCGGACCUCAUCGACAAGGCCCUGGCCCAGCUGAGAGAGACAUUCGGGUGCCAGCUGAAGGAGCAGCAGGAGGAGCUGGAUCGGAGCAGAGAGGCCCUGGCCGGGGCCCUCUCUUCCCAGGAGGAGGUGCAGCGGCGGGAGCACGAGACGCAGGCGCGGCUGGAGGAGGCCAAGGCGCGGCUGGAGGAGUUGCACUCCCAGCUCCUCCUGCAGGAGGAGCAGAGCCAGCAGGCCCUGCGGGAGGCGGAGGCGAGGCUUACGGAGCGUCUGCGGGAGGCGGAGUCUCAGGUGAACACCGCCCGCAGAGAGCACACCAAAGCAGUGAUGUCGCUGCGGCAGCUUGACAGACAGGUGACCCGGGAGCGGGAACAGGGGAGGCGGGACCAGCAGCUCCAGGUCGACCAAUCACAGACGGAGAUCCAGAACCUGCAAAGACGCCUGAAGGAGACGGAGACGGACAGAAACCUGCUGCUGGCCAGCGUCCAGGAGAGGGGUCAUGUGACUGAGGUCAGGAGAGCUCGCAUGUCAUCCAGCCGCCCACGAGACCCCACACACAACACAGAGACCCUCCUGUCUGUCCUCGGUGACCUCAAGGCCCUGAGCUCCACUGUGGUGGACGGCUCUGAACACGAAGAGGAAGAGGAGGGAGAAGGAGAGGGAGGAAGAGUAAGGAGAGGAGGAGAAAGACAAGGAGGAGAGGAAGUAAGAGUAAGCAGAGGAAGAAGAGAAGGAGGAGAGGGAGGAGGAGGAGGAGGAGGAAGAAAAGGAGGAAGAGAGCCGACCCAGCUCCCGUCUGUCUGACUCCUUCACCCAGGUCUUCCAUCCCACCGUUACCACGACGACAACCUCCCGAACGCGUGCCUUAGUUCUGAAAAGAGUUCCAGGGUCCUGGUUCGGCCACAAAACGGUGUUGCCAUGUUGCCUCGAGUUCGGCACGUCAUAAAUAAUGCCGAACGUAAAACAUUUGAUCUGAAAUAAGUUCAUCAAGCCUUUGAAGUGGUGAGGAUGACUGUGACACCUCCACUGUUUUGAACAUUAUACCAACUAGCUUGUUUGUAUAAUGGAUGUUUGAUGUAUUUUUCCUGUGACAACAAAUAUUUUGUGUUUUAUCUUCUUAAUGAAAAUAAAGCGUAAU